GGAACAGUGGAGAUAGUGGACGGUGUGCAGCUUAGUAAAGUUUUGUGGGAUUACCGAGGACAUUUGAUUCUUGUGUGCAUUCAGAUACCUAAUAAACAACCAGGAUAUUUAAUAAAGAGCAGUGUUAAACUGCUGAAAGAGGUGAAGCACAAGCCAUCCAGAAGAAUCUCCUGAAAACGCAGAAAUUGUUUGCUACAUUUCACAGACAGAUGGAGCCAAGUCCCGACAUGGAGAAACAUCAGCACUCUGUCAAGAGUUUUACUAAACAGAGUGAUCUCAAAAAACACCAGCGCAUUCACACAGGAGAGAAACCGUAUCACUGCUCAGACUGUGGGAAGAGUUUUAAUCAACAGAGUAAUCUCAAAAAACACCAGCGCAUUCACACAGGAGAGAAACCGUAUUACUGCUCAGACUGUGGAAAGAGUUUUAAUCAACAGAGUAAUCUCAAAAAACACCAGCGCAUUCACACAGGAGAGAAACCGUAUCACUGCUCCGAUUGUGGGAAGAGUUUUACUGAACAGAGUGAUCUCAAAAAACACCAGCGCAUUCACACAGGAGAGAAACCGUAUCACUGCUCCGAUUGUGGGAAGAGUUUUACUGAACAGAGUAAUCUCAAAAUACACCAGCGCAUUCACACAGGAGAGAAACCGUAUUACUGUUUCGACUGUGGGAAGAGUUUUACUAAACAGAGUACUCUCGAACUGCACCAGCGCAUUCACACAGGAGAGAAACCGUAUCACUGUUCAGACUGUGGAAAGAGUUUUACUAAACAGAGUAAUCUCAAACUGCAUCAGCGCAUUCACACAGGAGAGAAACCGUAUUACUGUUUCGACUGUGGGAAGAGUUUUACUCAACAGAGUAAUCUCAAACUGCACCAGCGCAUUCACACAGGAGAGAAACCGUAUCACUGUUCAGACUGUGGGAAGAGUUUUACUUUACAGAGUGAACUUAUAUUACAUCAGUGCAUUCACAAAAGAUAGAAAAGUAUCCCAAAUCUGUUCCUCUGCCAUAAAAAAUGCAAACCUUAAAUCUUUCAGACAGCCAAAAACACCUCAUCAUGCACAAAAUCUUCACUCUGUUACAAGAACUUCAUUUAAAAAUGGCUUUUUACAGGUUCAGAAAAAUGAAUCUUAUCCAGAGAUGAUGUUAACUGAAUUUCAUGCUGUGUUUUUAUGUAUGUUUGUAUACCUACAUUAGUUAAUGCCUGCAGAGCUCUUCAACACUUAGUGUUGUGUUUCAAGAAGUUUUUACACACAGAAUCAUAAAUGGUACCACUAACAGCAUAAACUAGGAACAUACAUUUUUACAAUUUUUUCAGUGAUAUGCUGAAUAAAUAGUAAAGCGAUGAUGCUAGCUCAGAGUAAAAUCGUAUAUUAAAUCUCAGCAUUAGCUUUAGAACUAAUAAUAAACAAAAGUGAGGAUUUUAUCAUUCUGGGACAUUUUUAGGUUUAAAAAUUGAAUAUGCUUUGCCAUAAGUAGGAAAUGAUCAUUUGGUCAACUUAUGUCAUUUACAGCCUUAACACAUUCUCAAUUGUUUACAUAUAAAAACUUUCUUUAUUUUUUCCUCCACUCCACGUUUGUAGUUGGAGCGAGGGCACUGCCAGUGUUUGCUCCAGAUGUUAGAUUAGCAUUACUUAGUCUUUUAAAAUUUAGAUGUCGUAGUUUAAAGGAGUAGAGUAUUCUUAGGAGUAGAGAAUAUUCUUAGCUUGCAACAAAAGGCCAACAAAAUCCUUUUCAGAGUUUAAAAAAAAAAAAAAAAACGGUCUAGCUGUAGUUUCCAUACUGAAAGCAACACUCAGCAGGCUAUGCAGCAGUAAGACUGCAGGAUCCUUGAUUCCCUCUACUGCACAUGUGUCAAACACAAGGCCCGCGGGCCAAAUGUGGCCACAUCCAAGCGAGAGCUUGUAAGAUCUUAGUGUCUAUAAUAAAUAGGUCAGAAGCGUUCUUUGACCAAAAACUACAUUUCCCACAAUGCUUGAUUGUAUUACCCGCGAAGUUACGGCUUACUGCCACUACACGGCAGUGUAGUCAUUGAUGUGGAAACCCUGCCGGAGGGAAGGUGUAACUUCGCGGGUGGAAUUGAGACAUACAAACGUUUAUCCCAUAAUGUCCAGAAAAAGAGAAGCUGAUGCAGACGGACGGCUGUGCUUCAAGGCGAAAGACAGGUAUGACUUUUGUGUUACGAAGAGUGUUACUGACCAAAAUAAACGCUUGUUAGGAGAGAUAUAAGUUCUGUGUAAAUAUUUAUAAGACAAUAGCUGACAAAAUCUGUUUUAAUGACGUUAAUAAACAUCACUGUGACAGCGCUAGUCACAGUUUCACCUCAGCAAAGGAGGAGCACGUGAAUCACUUAUCUAACCAGCCUUUACUGAUUUCUGUCCCCAAUAACCCUUUCAAUAAC